AUGGGAAAAAAAGAUAAAAAAACCGCAAAAGGACGGUUGGAUAAGUAUUAUCACUUAGCCAAAGAACAAGGUUAUCGUGCGCGUUCGGCAUUUAAGCUUAUCCAGUUGAACAAAAAAUAUAAUUUUUUGGAGAAAUCUCGAUGUUUAAUAGAUUUAUGUGCGGCUCCUGGUGGAUGGCUACAAGUUGCAAGCAAAUACAUGCCAGUGUCGAGUCUGAUCAUAGGUGUCGAUCUUGUUCCCAUCAAACCGAUUCCGAAGGUUAUAACACUCCAAGAAGAUAUAACUACUGAUAAAUGUCGAGCCAGGCUUCGAAAUGAAUUAAAAUCUUGGAAGGCUGAUGUGUUUCUUCACGAUGGUGCGCCCAAUGUUGGUAUUUCAUGGGCACAAGACGCUUUUUCCCAAUCCGAACUGACGCUGAAAGCUUUGAAAUUGGCCGUAGAAUUUCUAAACGAAGGAGGCACCUUUAUAACCAAAAUUUUCCGAUCAAAAGAUUAUAAUAAUCUAAUAUGGGUAUUUAAUCAACUUUUCAAAAAGGUAGAAGCUACGAAGCCGGCCUCUUCUAGGAAUGUUUCUGCGGAAAUCUAUGUGAUUUGCCGCGAUUAUCUCGCUCCUAAAAAAAUUGAUCCUAAAUUUCUUGAUUCUCGAUCAGUCUUUCAGGAUGUUGAUAUUGGACCUACGAGUAAAUCUGUCUUAGAACCAGGGAAAAAUAAAAGAAACAGAGAAGGUUACGAGGAUGGAGUCUACACUUUAUACAAGGAAUCCUCCAUAUUUGAAUUCAUUAACUCGGAUGACCCAGUUAAGAUUCUUGGUUCUACUAGUAAAUUAAAAUUUGAUACUGAUGAAGCCCAUAAAUUAUUAAAUCAUGAGUCAACAACAGAAGAAAUUAAGGCGUGUUGUGAGGAUUUAAAGGUUUUAGGAAAAAGAGAAUUUAAAAGUCUUUUGAAGUGGAGAAAGAAUAUUAUAGAAUCGUUGAAGGAACCGGCUAAGGAAGAUGUGAAAGAAACUACUGAAGAGGAGAAAAUUAAUGAAAAUGAGAAAAUUGAUGAAGAUGAGGCUAUUCAAGAAGAGUUGGAUAGGCUCGUCCAGGAAGAACAAACUCGUCGCAAGCAACUUCGUAGAAAGAUCAACGAAAAGCGACAGAAAAAUGUUACACGCAUGCAACUGAAAAUGAUAUCGCCUACUGAUAUCGUGUUAGAUGAUAAUUCACUGUUUGAUUUGAAAAAAGUAGAUAAGAAUGGGAUAUUGAGUAAGAUGCGUAAAGGAAAUAUGGAUAUUAUUCUUGAUCAAGAUGACGAAAAAAAUGAAUAUAUGUUCAUUGACCAACAUGAAGAUACGGAAAGUGUAAAUGAGAAUGACGAUGACAUAACUCACUUAGAGAAGGAAUUAGACGAAUUAUAUGAACAAUAUCAAGAGCGCAAAGCAGAACGUGAUGCAAAAUAUAGGGUAAAAAAACUCAGGGCGCAAGAAAAUGAUCAAGAUGAUGUCCAGAGUAACGGUUUUAAAGAUGAUAGUGAUACUGAAGAAAAUGUAAUGUCACAAAGCGAUGAGUAUUCCUCAUCUAGUGACAACAAAAAGGACGUCGAAAACAUCAAGAUACCUGGUGAUUUAAGCAAAAAAGCGGCCGUAUUUUUUGAUCAGCCGUUGUUUAAAGAUUUUGGUCAAGAAAACGACCCAGAGCAGUCCAUAAAUGGCGAUAAUGGUUUAAAAUGUAAAAUGAAAACAGAUGAAAAAGUGGUUGACACGAAGUCGCAAGACGUUGAGGGAGAAGAUAAGUCGCGUUCACUAAAACGUAAAGCUGAUGAGAUUGAUCAAGAAGAUGAAGUUGAAAUAGUUCCUCUGGAAAAAAACGAUGAAUUGUGGGAUGCCAACGAAUCCGACGAGGAUGAAAAGAAAAUGAUAAGAGCACGAGAAAACGGGUUGAUUACUGCAGAGGCAGUGACCCUUGCUCAGCAACUGGUGAAUCGACGUAAAACUAAACAAGAACUUAUUGACGAUGGCUUCAGACGAUAUACGUUCAAUGAUCGUGAAGGAUUACCUGAGUGGUUCUUGGAUGAUGAAAGAAAGCAUAACAAGCCCAAUUUACCAAUAACAAAGGAAGCAGUUGAAGCAAUCAGAGAAAGGAUGAAGGCGCUAAAUGCUCGACCAAUAAAAAAGGUUGCCGAAGCAAAAGCAAAAAAGAAGUUUAGGGCCUUUAAGAAACUUGCUAAACUGCAAAAGAAAACUAACGCCAUUGCAGAAACAUCAGAGAUGACUGAAGGUGAAAAGGCUCAAACGAUAUCGAAAUUAAUCAGUAAAUCACAAAAAAAAAUGAAAAAAGAAGUGAAGUUGGUUGUUGCUAAAGGUCUGUCUAAAGGUAAAAAAGGACGACCGAAAGGUGUUAAAGGACGAUAUAAGAUGGUCGAUGCCAGGAUGAAAAAAGAGGCACGGGCGAUGAAGAGAGUUGAUCAAAAAGGAAAAUCAAAAAAGCGUCAAAAAAGAUAG